GCUCUUGGGAGGCUGCUAGGAGUAUCGCACUGGAUGUCGUGUCCAACUUGACUCUCAGUGAAAAAGUAGGACUUGUUCGUGGAAUGGGACAAUUCGGUGGCCGAUGCGUGGGGAACCUUAAUGCUGUUGCUCGUCUGAACAUCCCUUCUAUCUGCCUCCAAGAUGGUCCAGCGGGCGUCCGAGCCGUCGAUCUUGUGUCAGGAUUCCCAGCUGGCAUCAACGCUGCUGCUACCUUUAACCGAGACCUUAUUCGACAAAGAGGCGUCGCAAUAGCCGAGGAAUUUCGUACGAAGGGCGCUCAUGUAUACCUUGGCCCGUCAAUGGAUGUUAUGCGUGCUCCCGAAGCUGGUCGUCUAUGGGAAUCGUUUGGCGCCGAUACUUACCUCACCGGGGAAAGUGUAUAUGCGACGAUAAUUGGUGUUCAAUCAAUUGGCGUUCAGGCCUGCGCUAAGCACCUCAUUUUGAAUAACCAAGAAACCUAUCGCUUUGUUGAAUCCAGCAAUGCCGAUCAAAGAACCCUCAUCGAGAGAUAUGUGACUCCGUUUUGGCGAGCCGUUGAUGCAAACGUCACUUGCGUCAUGUGCAGUUACAACCGGGUCAAUGACACGUAUGCUUGUCAGAACCCUGCGCUCAUAGGGGAAACGGGACUGCUCAAGAAGACGAUUGGAUUCGAAGGUUUUGUAGUUUCCGAUUGGGGUGCCACUCACGGAUCAGCAGCAGACAAUGCAAAUUCAGGUCUUGACGUUGAAAUGCCAGGAGGCUGGAUCCUGAUCGGUGGCGGCGUGUACUCUGAUCUUGAACACGAAGUUGCCCAAGGAAGCGUCUCUGUUUCUACAUUGGACACGAUGGUAAUCCGGGUUCUUACGGCCUAUUACCGUCUCGGUCAAGACCAGGGAUACCCGCCUACCAACUUCAACGUCCAGUCUUCCAGCAACAAUGAUCAUGUCAAUGCCCGCAGUAACGCACAUACUUCUCUCAUCAAAACAAUUGCAGACGCUUCCGCUGUCCUCCUGAAAAACGUAGACAACUUUCUCCCUCUGGCCGCACCUUCAACAAGCGGCCCAGCCAGGAAGAUUGCUCUCAUUGGCAGUGAUAUUGGAGCCCCGAAUAAAGGUUGCCUUUUGAAUGCCUGUGACAACGGGACGCUCUCCAUAGGAUGGGGAUCUGGGACUACCACGCUAGAAUACCUUGUGACUCCGCUUAACGCCAUGAACAGCGCUGUUGCAGGGACAACAACUACUCUUGUCACGUCUCCGUCCGAUGAUCAAUCUAAAGCAGCAGCUGCCGCAACUGGCGCAGACGUCGCUUUGGUUUUCGUUAACGCGGAUUCCGGGGAAUACAACGUAGUUCCGGUAGACUUGGAAAGUGGUAGCACUGGCGACCGACCAAAUCUCAAUCUCUGGCAUUCUGGGGAGGCUUUAAUCAACGCAGUCACGAAAGUCAACAAGAAUACAAUCGUCGUCAUGCAUCUUGUGGGGCCUACAGUUGUCGAGUCCUGGAUAAACAACGCAAAUGUCAAGGGUGUCAUCAUGGCCGGACUUCCCGGAGAGCAGUCAGGCCCGUCCAUAGUAGAUGUCCUCUUUGGGACUGUUAACCCAUCAGGGCGACUACCAUACACCAUUGCAAAGUCGGCAGGGGAUUACAACGUUCACACGGUUGAGUUCGAGUUUAGCCUUGAGCCCGACAUCACGUACACCGAGGGCCUCUUCACGGACUACAUGUACUUUGAUGCUCAUGACAUUACUCCCCGAUUCGAGUUUGGCUUCGGUCUGUCGUAUGGAUUCACAACAAGAUAUUCAUCCCUUCAAGUAUCCGGAUCUGGCUCCACAAGGACAGUUUCAGCGAUUGUCCAGAAUACGGGCACCCGGGCUGGAACCGAGAUCGUACAGCUUUACCUUGGUUUCCCUGCAUCGGCUCAGGAGCCUCCUAAACUGCUGCGAGGAUUUGAGAGCGUUCCAUUGGAUGUUGGAGCUCAGGAAACGGCUACUUUUCCCUUGGGAUUUAAUGAAUUGAGUGUCUGGAGUGUUACUUCCCAAUCCAGAACCGUCCCUCCCGGAACGUAUACGGUUUACGUUGGAUCCUCCAGCAGAGACAUUAGGCUGAUUACAACUUUUAUUGUGUAACACGAAGUAGAACUAGAAAGUUUAUGGACCUUAUUGUUCCAGAUCUAGCCGCCGGUAACAUUAUUUGAUCCGCCCCUCAUCAGCUCUCGUCAAUGCAUAUCGGUGGUGUACUCGAGUUGCAGUUGAGCCUCCGUUUGCAUAUUCCCCCUACUCCCAGACUCAAUUGUCCUCCUAAGCUCAGGGUCCUGUAUGACCCCCAAACCCAGGGUCCUUUCUCUGCCCCACACAGUUCUAUUCCGCUCGCCGCAUGGGUGGUCCUGAAAUCAGAGUA